GAAGUCACUAUGGGCUCCUUGUUGAAAACGCUUAUUUCUUACAUUCGUAUUGUUGAAUCACACUUUAAAGACAAGGGAUAUACCCCUAAAAUAUCACAUAGAACACUAUGCAUUGGUAUGCAAUCCUCCAAGGAUUCCUCCUGGGAAUAUCAUCGAUAAUCAUUUUAUGGGUACAAGGAGUCGUUGGCUUGCCAUUGGCUACAACCGAUCUGGAGUCACUUCCAAUCGUCUUGGCAGAGGAUGUUCCGGUGGAGAGAGCUCCAAGGCAAGUAAAACCAGAUCCGUCGACGUUCGAUAUUUUCAAGGUGGAUCAAAGCUCCAAUAACCAAAUGCAGCAGAAAUCCGACGGCUUCAGAGUGUUCGCAAAGAAACUACAGGAUGAUUAUCACCGUAGAGCUGGCUACAAUGAAACUAAUCCGCCACCAAUUACUGUGACCCGAGGAAGCACUACUGCUCCUAAGAAAAUCCAUAAAAGUGGCAUUCGACUAUUUGCUUCUCCACAAGAUCCACCUCCGCCUGAAGCUGCGGCGCCAGCUGAUGGAGCUCCAGCGGCGGCAGGAGCGGCUGAAGGAGGUGCCGCCGGAGGAAAAGGAACUGAACCACCCAAAGAGCUGACCGUCAGUAUUCAACAAUUCGUUACAAACCAAUAUGGGGAGAAGGAAUACAAUGCUUGGGGCGUCACUUUUGGUAGACAUUUCUUCGACACCCGUUUCGCCGUAGCUAGGCAUGAAAUACCUCGAAUAACUGUGGAUCCGAAACCGGUCCGUAAUUACUAUCCAAAAAUGGACAAUCUGACCACCGUCUGCUUGAACAGAUCGACCAUCUACAAUGAGAUUAAAGUCGAAAAGUGGCUGAUGCGCCACGUCUACAGCAUAAAGAAGAAAGUGCGCCCCUUCUUUUUCUCCCUUCGCCAGCAGCUCUACGAGAAAGGGGAUUCGGAGCAGUGCCACAAUGAGUCCUACACUGACUGGUUGGAGUACCAGGAGUGCGCCAUUAGACGCAACCAGCGCAUGGAGUACUUUAUCCCCAAGUAUCCGCUACACCAACUUGCCAUUAACUAAAGGCAACCACAUCUUGGACUCACUCAACCUGUUUAAAUUUCAGUUAGACAUUGAUCAUGAUCAGUCUUCGUACGAGAAAAUUGAUGGGACAAGGAAUGAUUAUCAUAUUUGUGAUUCCUCUUCAUUUAAAUGUAAAUUCAAAAAUUUUCUUGAUUUAUGCUUGCAGAAAUAAAUAUAUUUUAUUUUCUU